AUGUUUCAUAAACUUCAUGAAAAAAUUUCACCUCUAAUAAAGAGACAUUAUCGUCAAAGGGAUGAAAGCAGAGAAAGGCGUAAUUUUCAAUCAACACCAGAAAAAAUGGGACCACCAAGAAAAUUGGUUUCACAAGAUGAAAUGCUUUUAUGUUUAAUGAAACUCCGACUGGGGUUACUAACAACAGACUUAUCAGACCGCUUUGGUAUUUCAGAAGGAUUAUGCAGCAGUAUCUUCAAAUCUUGGUUAAGGGCCUUAGCAGAGUAUUUAGAAUGUUUUGUUUAUGCACCAGACAUUGGAACAAUAAUUGCAACAACACCUGAAAGAUUUCAUCAGUUUAAAAACUUAUUUGCUAUUAUUUAUUGUUCAGAAAUAUUCAUAGAGACACCAAAAGACUUGGAACUUCAGAGUCGAAUUAGUGACAAAAAGAUAACUCUUGACUCUAAGUUUCUUGAUCUUGUUCCAAGUUAUAGUACAUUGAUGGCAGAUAAAUGUUUUAACCUUAUUGAAGAAUGUGUUGCAAGAAAAAUUUAUUUUAUUACUCCAUCUGGUCGUAGAGGCACCUCACAGAUGAUAGCAAGUGAUGUAAGCAAAACUAGUGCUAUUGCUAAAGUUAGAAUAUUAGUUGAACAGGUUAUAAGAAGAUUAAAAACCUUUCGAAUUAUAUCACAGGAAGUGCCAAUAAUUUAA